AUGAACGCCAGGAUAUUGUUUUCGCUCGUUUGUUCUGCGGCAUUUUUCGCCGGGCUGCAGUGCGCCUCGACCAGGACCACACCGGGGAUGGAUCUCCCCACCGCCGACUUCGGCUACGUUAACGGCGGCGGCACCAGCGGGGAAACCGGGAGCAAACGGGACUCGAACCAAACCCUGAACUCCAGGCUCAAGAGGAGAACCCUGGCGGUGGAUUUUGCGGUCCCCUCUCUGUUGCGCUAUUACCUGGCGGAGUUCAUAAAGAGACCCCUGAACGGAGACUGCCAGACUUUCAGCGGCUGCUACACGGUGCGCGCAAACUUGAAGAUGCACUGCGUGCCGCUGCAGAAGACCGUGUCCACUUAUGCCGACUCCUUGCCGAGGAACGCGUCCGCCGAAGGACAGCUGCCCUUCUUCCACAAGCGGCCGCUGUCCAAAGUUCUGAAACUGGGCUUGACGAAAGCCAGCAGGAACCAAGUCGUGGUGGAAAUAGGAGAGGAUCUGGUGCGCACCGGGUGCGGGGGUUUGUCCGUGCACGAGGAGGCCCACGCGCUCGACCUGGAAAUGGACCUCACAACUAUUGUGGAGUGGUGGCUCGGCGCGGAUGGGGGCCGACUCAGGAUCCGACUGAUGCCCGAGAAAAAGGCGCAGGUGCCCGGGAUGGAGGAUCGCUACACCGCGGCCAUACGCGCCGCGGACCCGCGCCUCUUCUUCCAGAUAUCCUCCAGGGGUGAACCGCUGGCUGGCAGAGCUGCUGCUGGCGUUCCUAGGGGGUACUGGAGCUUCUCCUGGGUGGCCGAGGACGACCUGAGCUUUCCCAGCGACUCCGUGCCCAUGUCAGAUCACCGAUGCCCUGGCAGUAGCAGAACAUGUGACCGGCAGCUGGAGGGUAUCCCAGAGUUCACAUGGAGCAUAGUGGCUGCCGGGGACCUGCGGGAGGAGAGGAACGAGAAAAGCGAGAAGAAGGCAGGAAGCCCCCAGGGGUGGGAGGAAGGUAAGAACGAAGGCCACUUCUUCUGGGUGAACAGCUCAGCCUUCGGCGGCCCCUGGGUGCUGAGUCCUUGGCUGUGGGGGGGCCAAGGCCCCUGUAGCCUGGACAUGGCUGUGUUCCUCCACCCGAAGCAAAGUGGGCAAUACGCCCUCUGGCUCACAGAGCGGGACGAACCGCCACUCGCCCUCUUCUCCACCGACACGUUGCCGCGCAUCACAGGCUGGGCGGUGGUCCACCUCACCCUGGGGACCCACAGAGGAUCGCCCUUCCGGGUCUCGGCCAGCUACGAUCAGCGGAUUCCGCAGGAUGACAUGGCCACCAUCGAGCCCCACUUCACCACCAACUGCACCAUGGCGUCCUCGCCCGGUCCCAAUGUCACCCUGGUGGGCCGGUACCACUGUCACCAGGGCCCGGGGAUCCCUCUGGACAAACUGUGUGACUUCAGCGCGGACUGCCCGCUCGGUGACGACGAAGGCGACAUCUGUCGCCACUUUCUCAAUGGCAGCUACUGCUCUUUUGAAGAGGGCGAGUGUGGCUGGCAGUCGGCGGCGGGCCGCGGUCUCUCCUGGAGAAGACUCCAGUCUCCAGCCAAGUCCACCAGACAGAGCUGCCCGUCGUCAGGUGCUACAUUCAGUGUGGAAGGGGGCCAGUCCAAAGGCCAGCGGAGCUCGGUGAAACUGAGGAGCCCUCUGUUCCCCCCUCCCCUGAGAAACUCCCUGUGCACGGUGCGAUUCUGGCUGUGCUCCGGAGGCUCGCAGAGGGGUUCGCUGUCCCUGUGGAUGGCUGAGAACGGCACCGGACCCGAGGAGCAGCGCAGACUGUGGCACUCAGCCAGCGAGCUCAAAUCCGAAAGGGGCUGGAAAGUCGUCAUGAUUCCCCUCUACGGGCUGUCAGACUGGUUUUGGCUGCAGUUCAGCGCUGAAGAUGGACCUGGACCCGGCUCAGCCAUCUCUAUAGACAACAUCUCUUUCAGUAUGGACUGCUUCUUGGCAUCCAACGGUGAGUUUCCACCUGUGGUCGCCGGCUCAACCAGGCUGCCCGUCAGGGCCACGCCCCCGUCCAUCGGAAACCCUUUGAUGAACAUCCCCAUCACAGAUUACUCCCAAAAAUGGAUUUUUCAUACCUGCGGGGCCAACGGCCCCGAGGGCCCGACUCCCAUCAAGUGCCUCAACUCCUACAAGAACAGCAACGUCAACGUGACCGUGGGCACCCGGGGGCCCUUCAAAGGCAUUCAAAUGUGGCGGGUCCCGGAAACUGGCACCUACAGGAUCACGGCCUACGGUGCAGCUGGCGGCCGGAGCGUGUUGGCCAUGAGCAGGUCACAUGGCGUGUACAUCACAGGAGACUUCCUGCUCAGGAAGGGCGAGCUGCUGUACGUCCUGGUGGGACAGCAAGGAGAGGACGCAUGCCCCAAUUCCAACGGCAAGCUGAACAAGAUCUGCCUGGAACAGAGCGGCCCGAUGGUGAACAAAACCCAAGUGAAAGGGGGCGGAGGAGGAGGGGGCGGGGCUACGUAUGUGUUCAAGGUGGACAAAGAGGUGUACGCCCCCCUCAUCAUCGCUGCCGGGGGAGGGGGCCGGGGCUACAGCAGCCUAUCAGAGACCCAGCUGGAGCAGAUGGACUAUGACCCCAGCCAACCGGGACGCAGCGGGAAGUCCAACGCCGCAGGUGGAGGCGGCGGUUGGAACGACAGGGCCCCCGUCAGUCAGGGCGGCAGGCCGCUGGUGCUCGGGGGCCAGGGAGGCCAGGCCUGUCAGAAGUUCUGGCAGACCCACGGCGGCUUCGGGGGCGGCGGAGGUGGCUGCAUAUCUGGGGGCGCGGGCGGAGGCUACAGAGGUGGCAACACGUCGGCAGACAACAAUCCCAAACACGACGGAGAUGACGGCACCUCGUUCCUCGGCCCGGAGGCACUGCCCUUCCUCUACCCUCUGAAAGCCAUGGAGGGGGAUGGCGAGGUGAUCAUCAGUCCGGUGCAGAACUGCAGCCACUGCGAGAGCGACGAAUGCCACGAGACCAAGGCCGGCAUCGUCUGCUACUGUGACGAAGACCUGAUCCUGGCGCCGGACGGGGAGUCCUGCAUCAACGACACAGAGGUGCACCUGCUGACUCCCCAGCCGUCCCUCUCCCACCUGGCGCUGGGUCUGUCCGUGGGCACCUCUGCCCUCAUCGCCGCCCUGCUGCUGGCUGUGUCCGGAGUCAUGAUAAUGUACAGACGUAAACACACCGAGCUGCAGUCUAUUCAGCUGGAGCUGCAGAGUCCAGACUGCAAGCUCAGUAAGCUGCGGGCCUCCACCAUCAUGACCGACUACAACCCCAACUACUGCUUCGGGGGCAAGACGGCGUCCGUCAACGACCUGAAGGAAGUACCGCGGCGCAACAUCUCCCUCACCAGGGGCCUGGGCCAUGGUGCCUUCGGUGAAGUCUAUGAAGGGCUGGCGGUGGGGAUACCAGGUGAACCGAGCCCCCUGCAGGUGGCAGUCAAGACCCUUCCGGAGGUUUGCUCCGAGCAAGACGAAUUGGACUUCCUCAUGGAGGCCCUAAUUAUCAGUAAGUUCAGCCACCAGAACAUUGUGCGCUGUGUCGGAGUCAGUCUGCAGGCCAUGCCACGGUUCAUCCUGCUGGAGCUGAUGGCCGGAGGAGACCUCAAGUCUUUCCUGAGGGAGACCCGACCCCGGCUGGAGCACCCGUCCAGCCUGACCAUGGUGGACCUUCUCAAUGUGACCAGAGACAUCGCGAAAGGCUGCCAGUAUCUGGAGGAGAACCAAUUCAUUCACAGGGACAUUGCAGCUCGGAAUUGCCUACUGACCUGCAAAGGGCCGGGCCGCGUCGCCAAGAUCGGGGACUUUGGGAUGGCUCGAGACAUUUACAGGGCAAGCUACUACAGGAAGGGGGGGCGCGCCAUGCUGCCGGUGAAGUGGAUGCCCCCGGAAGCCUUCAUGGAGGGCAUCUUCACAUCCAAAACAGACACGUGGUCGUUUGGCGUUCUGCUGUGGGAGAUCUUCUCCUUGGGCUACAUGCCGUAUCCAAGUCGCAGUAACCAGGAAGUGUUGGAGUUCGUAACCAACGGCGGAAGGAUGGACCCACCGAAAAACUGCCCCGGGCCGGUGUACCGCAUAAUGACCCAGAGUUGGCAGCAUCAGCCCGAAGACAGGCCCAACUUCUCAACCAUCCUGGAGAGAAUCGACUACUGCUUACAGGACCCUGAUGUGGUGACCAUGCCCCUGCCGAUAGAGUACGGGCCCAUCCCAGAAGAGGAAGAGCGAGCACCCAUGCGCCCUGAUGACCCCUCAGCUCCAACCGUGCAGGUGAACGCCCAGGUGCCUGAUGGGGAGGUGCUGCAGCCGCCCCCAUCCUAUCCUACUGAGGACAGCCGGCGAGGCGGGGAGCACGCGGUCGAGACCAGCACAGCAUCUGAGGCCAAAGCACAGGCCUCGGCCCAGACGCAGCUAUACCUUCACCAGCACCCUCACACGCAGACCUCCAUCACCAUGACGACCACCAACACAGUCACCUCCACAGCCAACUCUACCCUGACUGCCAAGGGCCCUCACACCGCCACUCAGCCCAGCCCUGAGGGGGGCCACAUCAACCUGGCGUUCACCCAGGGCCACGCGCCAGAGAAGGAGGGCCACAACGGGAAGAGCACCAGUCUCUGGAACCCAACAUACGGCUCGUGGUUCCUGCAGCAGAGGAAGCAGCAGCAGCAGCAGAUGCAACAUCAGCAGCAGCAGCAGAGGCAGGGAGGGGUGGGGGGAGCAGGCGGGAGCGGUGGCAGGGUGCCUGGCGAGGGGCAGGAGCAUGUGGGCCGGACUGUGGCCGAGGUGGCGGGGGUGCUGGGUCUCCAGCACCAGCACAAGCAGUUCCAGCAGCAGCUCCAGCAGCAGCAGCAGCAUCAGCAUCAGCUCCAGCAGCAGCAGCAGCAUCAGCAUCAGCUCCAGCUGCUGCACCAUCAGCAGCAGCAGCAGCAGCAGCAGGGUCUUUGCAGACCUCUGUUACCCCCACCACCGCCUCCCGCUGUCCAGUCGCCUCUGCUUUUAGAUUCUGCCGCCUUGCCCCCGGUUCCCCUCUACAGACUGAGGCGGUUCCCCUGUGGGAACAUCGGCUACGGCUACCAAGAGCAGGGCCUGCCACUGGAGGCCGCUCACGGUAACCCCAACCCCACUCCUCCACCCCAGCAGGGCAUCUCCAUGCCCUCCUCAGCAGCCCACCAGAGGGGGGUCUCCAUUCCCGCCUCAGUGUCCCUGGGUCGGUCGGGUAUGUCCGAAGACAGCCGUCCACUGCUAGUCACCAUGGGGACCGUACAGGACCCCAGGCUGCCCAGGAUGGAGGGCCACAACGCCACCGUGCUUUAG